CUGUCUGACAUGCACACGCGUAAUUGAAUUUUUACCCACACUUUAACCUGCCCCUUCAAUCUUGUCUUGCACUUUGACAAUUACGUGGUGUGUUUCAGGAGCGAGGAUUUCUUAUUGGAAGGUUAUAAGUGUGAUCAUGGAUGCAACGUCUCUAAGUUUUGAGCUCUUUGCAAUAUGCGUCAAAGUAUACAAGCUUCUCCUGGAGGCAUCUGGCAUGCCAAAAAUGUUCCGCUACCUGCACGUUCGGCUUCGUAUGGAACGUGACAAACUGGUGGAUUGGGGCGUUCUUGUGAAUCUCUCCGAAGACGAGCGUACACUCAGCUCAGGCCUCCAGUUGAACAGGCACAUGGUCAACGACACCUUGCAGGAUGAUGCAAAAAGAAUUAAGCCUGAGGACGUGGUAGUUACUUCUUCGAGCACCGGCGCACUGCUGCAGAAGAAGGCCGAGAGCUUUAUUGAAAAGACACGAAGAUUCCCUGGGCGUGUCAGAUGGGCAUCAUUAGACCAAAAGGAUUUUGAGGCAGCUUUGUCCAGGCUCACCGCUCUGAACGAGAGCAUGUCGUACUUUUUCGAACGGCACCAGCGAGAGCGCCAUUUGCAGAUGCAGGAAAACUCUUUUAUGGGGAUUCUCCAGGUCAACAAUAAGCUUGACGACUUAAUUGCACUGAUGGCCUCACUAGGCAACAUGGGUCACGACAAACAUUUGCUGCAGCUGACCCGUCUCAAGGCUCUAAAUGUUGCCGUCGAAACUGGGCAAUCAGGAGUGCUGGAAAUCCCGUCUAAAGGAGAUACCUUGCUUUCAAUCAGCGAGCUAUCCCUGAUCCAAGAGGAAGAAGAACCGGAAGAGCUGCCUGAUCGGUCGGCGGGCAGAUACCAACAGACGUCCGUAUGGAUAGAGUGGAAGUAUUACGAGGUUAUUCGCGGCGAACACGAAGCGGUGCCAAUCUACGUUGCCGACCGCAUACCAAAGCUCGCAAGACUGCUGCGAGAUGAGAACAAGCCGAAGGAGUGCCGCAUCCCUCGUUGCCUUGGGUACGUCCAUGAUAAAGACAAUGAUCGCUACGGCUUCGUGUUUCCGAAUCUAGCAGACCAGCCAGCAGGUGGCUUACCGCUGUCCCUCCACGAUCUUCUACUAUCAAUACCAAAACCCUCCUUGACGUGGCGACUCGCAGCAGCUCGCGCGAUCGCCACCUCCCUCUGGUACUUGCAUGCCGCGAACUGGCUUCACAAAGGUCUACGCAGCGAGAAUAUUUUGUUCGAGAGAAGCCCUAAUCCUGGAACUCCAUCCACUGCCGACCUUUUCUUGGCUGGUUUUGAGUACGCACGGCCGGCCGACCCCAACGAGGCUACUGAGACUCCGAGCGAUAAUCGACUGCACGACCUCUACCGCCACCCUUCUACGCAGUUCGACAUUCCUAGAGAUGGGCGACGGGGGUUCAAGAAGGUCUAUGAUAUAUACAGCCUCGGAGUCGUGCUCUGCGAGAUCGGAAUGUGGCGGCCCAUCCACGCUAUCCUAGGUAUCCGGCUCGAAGAGGGCAUCCGGUCCGCAGCUGUCAAGGGGGCAAAGGCCACAUUAGUCGAGGCAGAGACCCUGCAAGCACUUGAGGCAGAGGUCGGCACUAUCUUCGCUGCGGCUGUGCAGAGCUGCUUGACUGGAGACUUUGUGCCCGACAACGAGGGUGGCUCGGCAGGCCUAGACGCCCAGCUUCAGAUUGGAUUUGGAGACCGGGUUAUUCGUAAACUGGACUCUAUUCUCGUCUAG